AUGCCAAAAGAAAAAAUGAUACAUAAAAAUAUACAAAAAAAGAGACUAACACCUAUACCAAAAGCUCGACAACAAAAAAAGAUUCAAAAACAUCAGAAUAUUCCCCUCGCUUCUGAUUUAUUGUAUUUUAGUGAACGACAUAAUCUUGGUAAAAUGAAUAUUGAAUGUACCUAUUGUGGUGCACUCUAUUGGAUUGAUAAAUGUAUAACCUCUUCUUCUCGAUAUCACCCAAAAUUUGGUACAUGUUGUUCUCAUGGCAAAGUUAUUUUACCUUAUCUUCAGAAUCCACCACAUAUUUUGCCAUAUGCAUUUACAUCACUAGGAGCAAAUAUUGAUGAGUUUAUUCUUCAUAGUCAUAGUCCAUAUAGUUUUCAUAUUAGUGGUGAAUUAUGUCAUCUUACAGGUUCUCUUAUUCCUGAACCAAAUACUGAAGCAGAAAUACAAAAAGUCUUAUGUAAAUAUCAUACAUUUUAUCUCUUAUACAAACAAGCACAUAAAAUACUUCAAGCCCAACAAAAUAACAUAAGAGAAUCAGAUUUAAUAAUUUAUCUUCAUUUCAAUAAGUCAAAUGACCAACAUCGCUAUAAUCUUCCUACAGCAGAUGAGAUUGCUAUCAUUUUAUCUAGUAAUAGAUCAUUACCUGAGUUAAUACGUGAUAUUGUUCUUCAACUCCAAGGAGGCCAGCUUCAACGAAUUCAUGAAGGACACUCUGCAUAUCUAACUCUUCACUAUUAUUCUAAUUUACAUUAUACACCAAUUAAUACACAAAGUAAUCGUAUUAAUGAAAAUAAUAGAUCAAAAUUUGUGGUAGAUGCAUGGGCUGUAACUGAACAAAAUAGAUUAAGAUUUUUGCAUAUGAAUCAAGACAAAUUACAUGCAGAUGUAUAUCAAGGCAUUGUUGAUACAAUUGGCAACAAUACAAAUAAUAAUAUAUCUGUUAAUAAUCUUGGGCGCAGAAUUAUUCUUCCAUCCACACACAUUGGCAGUAUUAAUAUGCAUAAAGAAGUUCCGAAUGUUGUAAGAUUAGCACUACAUCUUCCUGAAAUGCAUAGAGUUGUUUUCGAUCCUAAUGAUAGUGCUGCUGCUAUUCUUGCCCAUGCUGAUCGCCAAAAAACAACUCUUACUUCUUUUUUUGAAACAUGUGCAAACCUUGAAUCUGCUCAACAAUAUACUUACCAAGAAUUUCCACAACAUUUUGUUUGGAAUAAAUCAACUAAAAAAUGGUCACCUCAGAAACAGGAAUUUGCAAUUGGACAAUUGUAUUUUGCUGAUCCGUCUGCAGGUGAACAUUUCUACUUUCGAUUUCUUUUAACUAAUAUUCGUAGCCCACAAUCAUUUGAGCAUCUGAGAACAGUUAACAAUAUAGUAUAUCCAAUAUUCAAAAGUUCUAAAUUAAGAAUUCUUUUUUCUAUAUUACUUACUCAAUAUACACCCUCUUAUCCAGACAAAUUAUGGUUAUGCUUUCAUAAUAAUCUUUGUGAUAACCUUCGAUAUAAACUACAUAAAGAAUAUGCAAUUUGUGAACCUUCUGAUGAUCAAAUUUAUGAUUUUGGCCUUUUUCUUAUAGAUGAAAUUCUUCAUCAAUCUGGCCAAUCUCUUAAUAUGUUUUCUCAAAUGCCUCUUUGGAAACAUAAAUGGAACCAUUCUGAUAUAAAUUACAUUAUUGCAGAACAAUUAGCUUUUGAUCAUCAAAAACUUUAUGAUACAGUUAAUAAUCGCAUUCCGCAAUUAAAUAAUGAACAAUUAUCUGCUUACCAUGAUAUUUAUAAUUCUGUUGGAGAUGGCACUAAUACUAUAGACAAUAAACUUACCUUGCCAGAUUAUAUGAAACUUCCAUACCAAGACUUGGAAACAUUAAUUAACGUUAUAUAUCCUAAUAUUCAUGCAGCAGAAACUACUGAUAAUGCGAUUGCAGAAAAAGGAGCUGAUAAUAAUAACACUUACCCUAUUAAAUUUUUGAACUCUCUUAAUCCCAGUGGAUUACCACUUGCCAAACUUAACUUAAAAGUAGGCUGUCCAAUAAUGCUCCUCAGAAAUAUUGCUCCUGGACAAGGUCUUUGUAAUGGAACCCGCUUAGUGAUAACAUGUCUAGCUGAUCGUAUUAUUGAAGCACGUAUAAUAUGUGGUGACCACGCGGGUGAAUUAACGUUUAUUGCUCGAAUCACUUUAAACCCUUCAACCACUGAACUCCCAUUUACCUUCAAAAGAAGACAAUUCCCCAUACGUGUUGCCUAUGCGAUGACCAUCAACAAGUCACAAGGUCAAUCCAUCAAAAUGUAG